UAUGCGCUCCGCCUCCCAGUCUUGACGCCAGGAAAAAGGAGUCGGGAGAGUGGGGCAAAACAGGCAUUGGUGGAAAAAAGUCGAAAAUUAAAAAACAUCUUAUUGUCGGACUGCUUUAAAUAGAGAAAAAAAUAAUAAGGAAGCGACCAGCCUGCCUCAAUUAUUCAAAGGUUCCACACUAGACCUUAACCCAGGCGCUGGCCACCACAUCAUAUGGACUAAACCAGAGACUCAGAACGAGAGGGAGAAGAGGAGAGAAUAGACAGCAGCACCAUGACCUCUAUGUCCAGCCUCUUCUCCUUCACCAGUCCAGCUGUGAAGCGUCUGCUGGGGUGGAAGCAGGGGGACGAGGAGGAGAAAUGGGCUGAGAAGGCUGUUGACGCCCUGGUCAAGAAACUGAAGAAGAAGAAGGGAGCCAUGGAGGACCUGGAGAAAGCCCUCAGCAGCCCAGGACAGCCCAGUAAGUGUGUGACUAUCCCUCGGUCUCUGGACGGUCGUCUCCAGGUGUCCCACAGGAAGGGUCUCCCCCACGUUAUCUACUGCAGAGUGUGGAGGUGGCCCGACCUACAGUCUCACCAUGAGCUCAAGCCUCUGGAGGUGUGUGAAUACCCCUUUGGCUCCAAGCAGAAGGAGGUCUGCAUUAACCCCUACCACUACAAGAGAGUAGAGAGCCCAGUGCUGCCUCCGGUGUUGGUGCCUCGCCACAGUGAGUUCAACCCCCAACACAGCCUCCUGGUCCAGUUCAGGAACAUGACUCACAACGAGCCCCACAUGCCCGUGAACGCCACCUUCCCAGAGUCCUUCCAGCAGCACAGCGGAGGCAGCGUCACCUCCUUCCCAAUCUCCCCCAACUCCCCUUACCCUCCCUCCCCAGCCUCCAGCGGAGGGGUGGGCACCUACCCCAACUCUCCUGCCAGCUCUGGACCCUCCAGCCCUUUCCAGCUUCCAGGUAGAUCUGAUACCCCACCCCCGGCUUACAUGCCCCCCGAUGAGCAGAUGGGACAGGAGGGGUCCAUGGAGACCAGCAGCAUCGGCCCCAGGAACAUGCCUAGUGGGGAUGUGCAGCCAGUGGAGUAUGAGGAACCGAGCCACUGGUGCAGUAUUGUGUACUAUGAGUUGAACAACAGAGUGGGUGAGGCCUACCAUGCCUCUUCUACCAGCGUCCUGGUGGACGGCUUCACCGACCCCUCCAACAACAAGAACCGCUUCUGCCUGGGGUUGCUCUCCAACGUCAACCGCAACUCGACCAUAGAGAACACACGCCGCCACAUCGGCAAAGGGGUCCACCUGUACUAUGUAGGAGGUGAGGUGUAUGCAGAGUGUCUGAGUGACACCAGUAUCUUCGUUCAGAGCCGUAACUGUAACUACCACCAUGGUUUCCACCCCACCACGGUGUGUAAGAUCCCUAGUGGCUGCAGUCUGAAGAUCUUUAACAACCAGGAAUUUGCUCAGCUACUGGCCCAGUCUGUGAACCAUGGCUUUGAGGCUGUCUACGAACUGACCAAGAUGUGCACCAUCCGCAUGAGCUUUGUAAAGGGCUGGGGAGCCGAGUAUCACCGACAAGAUGUCACCAGUACCCCCUGUUGGAUAGAAGUUCAUCUUCACGGCCCUCUGCAGUGGCUGGAUAAAGUGCUGACACAAAUGGGCUCUCCUCUCAACCCCAUCUCUUCAGUGUCCUAAUGGUGGCCCCCGCCAGAUCAGACUCUCAACCACCAUCUCUUCAGUGUCCUAAUGGUUACCCCCCCCCACCAACCCACCCCACAGACCAGACUCUCAAGCCCAUCUCUUCAGUGUCCUAAAGGCGGCCCGCCAGGCUGGGAGACUCUUUCACAUUUUUUUUUUCAAACUUAACUUUAUAAUUGUUUUGCAUUGUUUAAUGAGCAAAUGCAGGUCUUCAAAGGCUGAACUGUUUCCACUAUCUGACAGCAGAGGGGAUUUUGAACCCAGAGCAGUAGAAUUAUGUUGAGAAAGAGCAGAAGAUAGACGUAAAACCAACAGAAGAAUAUUCAGAGUAGCGGCACACAAUAUUGGACAAACUACUGCUCUGAGUCAUCACUACCAACCAUGUGCUUCUUCUAUUGAGAGUAGUAGGACUGGAAAGCAUGUACCUUAAAUGUUUCUGAUUUUGCAUAAAAAAUGUUUCAAUGUUUGGUAAUGAUUUUCUUUCUGUAUGUUUCAGUUACAUCAUUUUCUUUUAUCACUACUCUGCCUUUACCACAGUCAAACUACUUGUGAUUUUACUCUGAUAACUUUCCUUUCUUGCCAUCUUAAGGUUUAGAUAUCAUUAUGUUCACUAUUAGACCCAGAUCUCAUAACAAAAUGUUAAAUUUUUAUAGUUUCUAUCGCUAGAAAAAAAACACUGAUUUACUGCCUUAAAUAAAGUAUGUCUAACUAAUAAA